AUGGAAGCGAUCAUUGGUCCGACAAGACUUAUAGACACACACGAAGUGAAACGUGUCCAUGAUCUGACCGCAUUCCUCAGGCGGAUUUUACCCCAAUAUGCGACAAUAUGCAGUCCAGUUAUUAGUGAACUAAUAAAAGAAGACGAACCGCAUGUGUGGACAGAGAAACGUGAAAAAGCUUUCGAGAACCUUAAAAAUAAACCAACUCAGAAGUGAGUACUACGUCUGUAUAUCCAAAAAUUAUACAAUCGAACCGAAAAUGUUGCACACGGCUUUAGUUUUUGUAAAAAUUAUACGAGUACGUAAAAUGUGAAAAAAGCUAGCACAUUACGGGUGUUUUGUCAACCGUCGGUAGCGCUCUCCGUACAUGAUAGUGUUUACUAAAAAUUGUAUUGAUUUGUAACGAUGAAAUAAAUUACGAUUGUUCGCGAUUUAUCGGAUCAUAUUUUUUUUUUAUUUUUUUUGCAGCCAAAAAUAUCAAAUCCGCAUAAAUCGCAUAAUAGUAGGUACACCGGCGCUUAUGCAGGCUGAUACUAUUUUGCCUCUCUGGUAUAUGAUGAGUAUAUAUUAUUUAAAAAAAAAAAAAAUUAAUAGCAAUAAAUAUUGUCAUAGCAGUUCAUUUCCGUUGGCGCACGACGGACAGCACCGAAAUAAUAUUGUUAUAAAAACAAACGCCUCCGGUGCAGGUAAUCGUCGCUGUAUAAUCGGAGUUGCGGUGUUCGGUUUUUUUUCCUCCUCUGUCGUGGCUGUACAUAGUAAUUAUUAUUAUUAUAUGUGUCGAGACCACAUUAAACAAUACUUAAUCUAUCAUCCGCCGCCGCCGCCGCCGUUGUAAUAAUAAUAAAAGAAAAGAGAGAGACAGUGAAAAAAAAAAAACCGAUGAACAACAGCACUGCACCAAAAACCUCCACGGAGGAAGUACCGUAUAGUCGUCGUAUUAUAUACAGUCUAUGUUAAACGUACCGAAUAAUAUGUUUGUAUUUUUUCUGAACGAGUUACACAUAUUCGACCUGUUGCAAAGCAUACACACAGAUCGUUAGAUAUUAUUAUUACCAUUUUUGUUUUUGUUUUUUUUUAUCCGGAAAAUUAGUCGCGUACCUAUCUACGUAAUCGGCGCACGAAUUAGGAGACUUUCUCGACCGUCUAAUCUGCUGCAACCGCACUCGCCUAUAUAAUUGUAUUAUUAUUACCUAUACUGUAGUUUAAUGCGGCCGGAGAAUGUGUUAAUUUUUUAUUUCCCACCCCCCUCCCCUUGACUUAUGGGAUAGUGUUUUACAUUUUUUUUUUAUUUUUUUAUUAUCCCAUCGAUUGACAUAUUACACAGUUCAAACGACCUGCACCUAUAUGUGUACCGUGACGACUUAACGAUUUCAAAUCAUUUACACGAGACAUAAGUACUCGACUCACAAUAAGUUCCGCGAGAUUUAAAAUCGACGACUAACGACCGAUGAGUGUCGACGACAACGCACACGAACGAGGACCGUAAACGCUUUUGAAGUCGUCAAUAGUCACCUAAUUCGAAAGGAAAAAAAAUCGUGCGAGAUUGGAAUCGAAUAUCGACGACGACGAGCGAACAUCGUGAAUUCAAUGGGAGACGUUUAACGAAAAUCGAUUACAAGGAUUAUCGGUUGAGACCUAACGGUUUUUUGUACUCGUUUUAAAAACAUGACCAUAACGUAAUUAAAAAACAAAAUCGGUUUAUUAGAAUAAUGGUGCAAUGGUGUGAUGAAGUGAUAUAUUUAUAGGCUCAUUCUACGUUAUCCUAAAAUUACCUGUAUACACGGCAUUCAGUUUUACGCUUGCAUACAAAAACUGAAAAUCUACCGUUUUUUAUUUUUGUUUAUACAACUCCAUCGUUCUGAUUAAUCAUAAUAACAGAUGAAGAAUUAUUUUUUUACCUACGCUAUUUUUUUUUUCAAUCCUAAAGGGGUUGAGUUUCCGAAAUGACUUAUUAUCAUUAGGAUAAACGCUGCUAGUCCUCAUUAUGAAAACGGUCGCUACAGGUUAAACCCUUAGAAGGCGUGUAUUUAAAACCUUUCGGGAUAAAAUGUAGUCCAUGUCACUACUCAGUCAUUCAAAUAUCCCUAUGCGAAAAUGUCGACGUGGAAGAGCAAUAAAUCAUCAAACAGACACACUUUCGCAUUAAUUACGAGUAUAUCAUUUCUGGCUAUUUAUAACAAUAUUAUUGUCGUUCGCACGGAAACUGUUUACCACUCGAGUUGUCAAGUUUUAAGUAAAUAUUUUGAUACUUUCUACGUUCAAUAAAGAAUCGUUAUACAUUUUAUGUUUUUUGGAAGUAAAAGAUGAUAAUGAGUAUCAUUGACGGUUCAUUGAUUGGAUUAUGGGAUAUUGUCAUCGUCUGGGUUACGGAUACCGUUAUUCACUGGUGCGUCGAUAAAUGUGUAUCACGGUUAACGUCGUUAUUAACAUAGUAAUACAUUAAGAAUAAAUGAUAGAAAAUUGGUUUUUUUUUUUUCAUUAUUAUUAUUUGACUUAAGUGUCUAUUACAUUUUUAUAUUUCAGAACCGAUCUCGGACGAGUAAGGGAUGAUUAUAAACAAGCAGGCGAUUGCAGGCGAUUGAGAAUCACACAACCAAUAAAUGCAGGAAUGCAGGAUCAACGGAAUCAUUGGUAG